AUGAAUUGCCACGGUGAAUGGACGGAGGUACGCCGACGGAAGGGCAACGACAAAGUCAAUCGGACUUUCCCUCUGUUGUUCUUGGACUCGACAUCAUUUUACGUUUCCAACCUCCAAAAGAUGCUAGAUGAAGAGAGUUGUGGAAAAUAUAUGCCAAAGUUUGGCAAUGUGUUUGAUGUAUACUUUGGUAGGAGAAAAGACGUUCAAGGGAACUUCUACGCUUUCAUACGAUUCAAAGGGGUUACUGACGCAAUGGAACUCGAAAUGGAACUUCAAGGGAUCAUGUGUAUGAACUCCAUCUUGUCGGUAAACAUCUCCAAACAUCCUAGGAAGCUUCCAUCUACGCCGGGUCCAACAACAAAUUCGUUUCAGUCCAAAGCUCCGACCUCGUUUCCCCCUCAACACAAUCGAGCUAACUUAACAAAAGUCGUGUUUGAACGUAUCACCUGGAUUAAAGUUAUUGGACUGCCACGUGAAUACUGGGAUGAAGAAAGCUUCUCAUUCGUUGCUAGCAGAUUUAGGAAGGUAAUUUCCUCGUUUGAUGACAUCCUUCACAGGUCCAACAACUUCGUCUCUAAAGUGGGCAUUAUCACUUCUUCUAGCUUAUGGAUUAAUGGGGAGGUGUCGGUAGUUGAUGGAGGAAGAACUUUUCAGGUUGGAGUAAUGGAAUAUGCAGAUGAUUGGUCUCCGUUUUGUACUGGUGCUGUUAAAUUCAGUGUGUGGGACUCAGUAAAAACCAAGAAUGUGUCAAAUAAACUUGAUGGUGUUACUGAUAAUGAUGAUGUCAUAACCAGUACAAGUUGUGGGGAAGACGACGAUGAAAGUGAACCAGAGGACGAAGAAUUUAGGCCGAAUACAGAUGUGUUAAACGUCGAUGAUGAACUUAACGACGAUGAUGAACCAAAAGAUACGACGACAUAUCCCCGUGUAGUUUCCGUCGGCUCACCGGUUGUGGUGCCAGAAUUGCAUGCUGACGUGGAGGAAACUGAACUUGCAAACACAGAUCUUCCAAUGGGUGGUAAAGGAAUCGAAAAGCCAAUCAUUGAUUCCUUAAUCUUGGGAACUCAAAUCUUCGGAUGA